AUGUCUUUUGUAUUUAUUAUCUAUAUUGAUAGAUAUGUUCACAAGAAUUUUUGUGGAUUUUUCCCAUUCUUAAAAACCUGUAAAAUAAAGAUUUUUGGACCUCGGUGUGCUUGGAUUUAUUCUCUUCUCAAAGUGCUUGUCGAAAUUCACAACGAACCGGACCUUAAACUCAACUUAAAAUUUGAAAUUGAAGUUUUAUGCAAAGACCUUAGUAUUGACUUACGAAGCGUGGAAGUUGGGAAUUAUUUGAAGGAAUCUAGCAGACUGCCAAAGCUUUUACCUGUCAAACCGGAUGGGCUUUCACCUGUUCCAUCUUCAUCUAUGGGACCAAUUCAACAGGCUUUCCAUUCAGGGAUGUCUAUGUUUGGUGGAGUAAACAGGCCUGGUUCUGCUUCAGAAAUGCUUUCUAAUUUAAAUAUCUCGUCUACUGGAGGAAGAGAUUCAGCAUUUUCUGCAUCGCCUGCCUUUUCUUCACAACAAGCUUUGCAAUUGCCUUCAAGAAGUUCUGUUCAAACUCCGGCAAUUCCUGCUUUCAAUUAUGCUGAUUUGAACAUUUUUACUCAAUCAGGUCUUUUGCAAAAUACAACAAUUCCACAACAUCUUAUUCUUUUCCAAAUGCAUCCAAAUUUGAAGUAUCUCUGCAAGAAUGCAAUUCUACAUGCAAUUAAAGAACUUAUUGGUGGAAUUGCCGAUCGUGCAAUUAGCGUUGCAAUAACUGCAACAGAACAUGUCUGCCGUAAAGACUUUUGCCUAGAUCCAUCAGAGCAAAACAUUCGUCGGGCAGCUCAUCAAAUGAUGCGCGCAAUGACUGCAGGAAUGGCGGCAAUUACAUGUCGAGAACCAUUGGCAACAACAAUGCUUGGAAUGCUUAAACAAGCACUUUGUAAUUCUAUAGGAAAUAUUCUAACUGGAAGUGAUCAAGCAAAAAUGAUUGAUGAAACAGCAAUUGCUGUAACAGAAGCAAAUAUAACUUUGGCAACAAAUUUCAUUGUAAAAAGUUCUUGCGAGAAGGCAGUUAUUGAAAUUGAAAAACGUUUGGAUUCUGAAUUUGCUGCGCGUAGAUUGGCUAUGAAAGAAGGUAGAACAUUCCAAAGUGGGACUGAAUUGACGGCUGUUUUGGAGAAAGUUCCUGAAAUGAUUCGAAUUCAUCAAGGAGUUACAACAGAAUCGAAUAUUAAAAUUUAUGACGACUUUUCUGCAAAGAUUUGUGGUUUCAAGCCUCUCGUUCCUGAAGAGCGUUUUAUCGAGUUCACACGUCGUGGUCAAAUGACAACUCCUGCAGCUGGUAGUGGCCCAAGUCGAACACCAACAAAUGCCUUCUCUACGCCAUUUGUUCCAGCUACAAGUAUCUCAUCAUUACCCGAUGGUCGUCCUCCUACUGCAAUUACUUUGCCAAAUAUGCUUCCUUCUCAUCCAUCGCAAUUGCAACAUCCAACAGCAAUUAUGGGCGGUGAUAGAAUGCAAAUGAAUUCAAAUUCUCUAUUUCCUGAUGAAAAUGCUUUUAACUCUACAAAUCUUGGAUUAAGAAAAAUGAAUGAGGAUCAGAUAUUGCAAAGCAAAGUAGAGACUAUUUUGAGGGAAUGGAUUACUAUUUGCUAUACUCCAAUGGCACAACGUGAUCCUCAACAUGCUUUGGCAUGUAUUGUUCAAAUGAUGCAUGACAAUGGAGUAUUAGCAACUGAUGAAAUGAUCACCAAAUUCUUCAAGAUUUGUGCUGAUAUUUGCUUUGAUGUUUCCUAUCGUCUUCUCAAAAAUGAUUGUAUUGGACAAUCAACAGUUGUUCGUCAACGUUGUUAUUAUACUUUGGAUGCCUUUACUAAAUUAACUUGUUUAAUGGUUAAGUACAGUGAUGGACAACAUCAUUCAACAAAAGUUAAUUUACUCAAAAAGGUUUUGAACAUUCUGAGCAGCGCUGUCCACAAAGAUCAUGAACAACGAAAAUUUGAUUUUAAUGGGAUGCCUUUCCAUCGAAUUUUGAUUAUUAUGUUUAAUGAAUUGACAGCUCCAGAUCCAGUUUUGGAUCCAAUCCAGUGGCACAUUCUUGAGGCUUUCGGACAAACACUUUUCUUACUACAACCUCGUCGUGUGCCUGGAUUUGCUUUUCAUUGGCUUGAUAUCAUUGGACAUCGAAACUUUAUUGGACGAUUGCUUGCUGAUUCUUUUGAUUUGGGUCGAACUGGUGCUAUGUAUACUCAAUUAAUUCUCUGCCAUCUUAAAUUCUUGGCACUUUUUCUUCGCAACGUUCAACUUCCAAAACCUAUUUCUUUUAUUUAUAAAGGAACUUUGAGGGUUUUGUUGGUCAUUCUGCAUGACUUUCCAGAAAUUCUUUGUGAGUAUCACUAUGUUCUCUGCGAUGCAAUUCCACCAAAUUGUGUGCAGCUGCGCAAUUUGAUUUUAAGUGCCUAUCCCAGAGACAUGAGACUUCCAGAUCCUUUUGCAGAGAAUUUUUCGAAGAUUGAAAACUUUCCAGAAAUGAGUACAAAUCCAAAAACCCACAAAGAAAUUAAUAAUAUAAUUUCUCAAGAUUUGCGUAAACGUUUGGAUGAUUAUUUAGAGACUCGUUCUUCAAUUAGCUUUUUGUCUGACUUACCAACAUUUCUUGAAACAUCAUUACAACAACAACCAUCGUCAUCAUCACCUAGUCAAAAAUAUAAUAUUAGUGUUGUUAAUGCUGUUGUUAUGUAUGUUGGUGUUAAAGCUAUUGAUUCUAUUAAUGAAAAGAAACAACAAAAAAUUUCUAUGGAAAGUAUUGCACAUACUGCUUUUAUGGAUAUUUUUCAGAAUUUGGCUGUUUCUCUUUGCACUGAAGGUAAAUAUUUGCUCUUCAAUGCCAUUGCCAACCAAUUGCGAUAUCCAAACUCGCAUACUCAUUACUUUAGUUGUACAAUGCUUUACCUCUUUUUGGAGGCAAAUUCUGAACAAAUUCAAGAACAAAUUACUCGAAUUUUAUUUGAACGUCUCGUAGCACUUCGACCACAUCCUUGGGGUCUUCUCAUAACUUUUAUUGAGCUCAUAAGAAACCCGCGUUACAAUUUUUGGAAACAUGAUUUUGUCCGUUGUGCACCAGAAAUCGAACGGUUUAUUUUGUUUAUGAGUGUUGCUAAUUCUUGUAGUGUUUGUUCUAUUCCAACAGAACAACAAUCUAAUGGAACUUGAAUAUAAUGAUGUGAGGUUAUUAGAAAAAUAUUUUUGGGAGAAAAUUAAAAAAAAGAGGAAAAAGAAAAGAAAAUUAUUUGUAAGGGUUAGUUAAUUUUAAUAAUGAAAUUUUAAAUAUUAUUUUUUGUUUAAUUUUAUAAGGACAAUUCAUUUAAAAGAGAUAAUUUAACCGAAAAAAUUAGAAACAAACUGUCGGUUGUGGGAUGAUUUUUUUGAAAUUUCGAGCUUCAAAAAAUUUUCUUUAAAUUUUUUGGUGAUUCUCUCCUUUAAGUGAAUUGUCUUUAUAAAAGGUUUAAUAUAUCUAUAUUCGUUUCACAUUUGCCAUUUUUAUGUUUUUAUUAAUUUUGUUUUGAUUAUCGACACACAACCAACUACAUAUUUAACUUGUUUUCUUUUCCACACUCC